AUGUUCGGAAGUUUAACAGCACAUGGUUUCAAAACAGAGAAGAAUGGCUACCGAAUGAAAACCAUACAAGGAUCACCCCAGGAUGAAUCCAUUCAAGUUAUCCCAAUUAAAUCUUCAGAAGAAAGUUCCUUUUCUGAUUCCUCUCCAGUUUCCAAGAAAGCACAAAAAACUGAACGCCUUUUCCCCACCAAUCAGCAUUUACCAGCAAUUGAUAACCUUUCUUUAACUGAAGAGAGGGCACCACAAGUUCGAUAUCGACCUCCAGUCCCUAGAAAACCAAUUUUCUCUCGUUUGGUCAAACGAAAACCACCAGAAUCUGGUUCCCGUACUCAAGUCCCUUUGAAAUCAACAGGCUGCAGAUUAGGUCAUACAGCCUAUAACGAAUUAGUUGAAAAUGUACAUCAUUAUUCAGACAAAAAACUGCAUAAUGAACCGGAUAUUUUGAGCACAGAAAUUAUUUAUGGUAAGAAUAUUAUAAAUAUUGCCUUUCUGGGCAAUGAAAAGAUAUGGCUAUGUAAAGGUGAAACUAUCAUGAAACUGUAUAGCAUUAAUAAAAGUUUUUCGCUGGAGUCGAUUACAACCAAGUCGGAAAACAUCCCAACAGACAUAGCGGUGACAGAAAGUGGAAAUCUCAUGUAUACUGAUAAGGGGGAUGGAACCGUUAAUAUUGUGAAAGAAGGAAAAACUCAAGAGUUGAUCAGAUUACAGAACUGGAGACCUAUGAGCUUAUCCAGCACUUCUAAAGAUGAUAUUCUGGUUACCAUGGAAAAUGAUGAUAACAAACAAUCAAAAGUUGUCCGAUACUCUGGUUACUUAGAAAAACAAUCAAUUCAGUUUGAUGACGAUGGUAACCAACUCUUUAACUUUGGUGGAUCUCAAAACUUCAUAUGUGAGAACAAAAACCUUGAUAUCUGUGUGGCUGACUGUGGAGUUCAAGCAGUAGUGGUUGUCAAUCAAACCGGGAAAUUCAGAUUCAGAUACACUGGACACGCUCCUGCUCCAAAGAAUAAACCAUUCAAUCCGGCAGGAAUCACAACAGACAGUCAAGGCCACAUCCUUACAGCUGAUUAUGAUAAUUAUUGUGUCCAUAUUAUUGACAAGGAUGGACGGUUCAUACAUUUUAUAAAGUUUGAACAUUUUCAACCUUAUAGAUUGUGCACAGAUAGAGAUGACAAUCUUUUUGUUGCUGUCGCAGAUUUGAAAUCGUGGCCUCCAGGCAGUGUGAAGAAAAUCAGAUACCUGUACUGA